AUGGCUGGAGAGAUAGUCUAUGCUGAUAUCAAACAUACAUCUUCAGAACAUUCAUCUUCACUCCAGAGAUCUGAUUCUCAACACCACGGAAUUUUCCUGAAAGUUGGAUGUGCAAUGAUUAUCAUUCUUCUUGUAAUAGUAACUGUGCUGAGCAUGCUUGUUAUUCAGUUCAAAUCUGCAAGACAAACUGAAGUCGAUAAUGAAUCAAAGAAGAAAUAUUGUACUGAGCAAAGUAAAUCUGAAGCAAGCAGCUCAAUAGUUUCUUUUGAUUCUUCUACUGUUCGUACAUCAUGCCCCACCAAAGAUUGGAGGCCACAUGGGGGGAAAUGCUACUGGGUUGCUGAAAAUGAAAAUAAGAAAUCUUGGAAUGAGAGUAAAAAUGACUGUGUCAUGAAAAACUCACAUCUCAUGGUGAUCCGAGACUUCACUGAUACGACUUUCCUAUGGCAAAACGUACAUGAUUCAUUUUGGAUUGGUUUGAGGAUUCCUCCUGGAGGGGAAUUAUGGACCUGGUUGGACAACAGCACUUUUGACCCAAAGCUGUUUUCAAACGAACGAGAGACCCGGAGUAUGAAAUGCGCCUGGGUGUCUUCUAACAAGAUAAUCAAAGCAAGUUGUGAAAAAAAUUAUCCAUGGAUUUGUCAAUUAUAA